AUGGAACACCCUGCUUUCACAUUGUCUGGUUUGUGCCUCGUUGGAGGCACAAUGGGAUAUCUCCGUAAAAACUCAAAGCCUUCUUUGGUUGCCGGCAUUGCAUUUGGCGCAUUGUAUGGAGUUGCUGGUUACUUGUUGAAGAACAACGCCGACUGGGGUUUGGAAUUGGCUUUGGGCUGUUCAUCCACUUUGCUUGUUGCAGGUUUCAGCAGGUCUUCAUCUACAAACUUCAAGAAGCCUGUUCCUUUGGUGUUGCUUGCUUUGGGCGGUUUGUCUACUGCUUACUACGGUAAGAAAUACAAUGAGUUCUAUCCUCUUUUCUAA